GAUGCCGAGUGCCCGAGGGGAGCAGGGAUCAGAGGGGCUGGAAGCUGGGGUCUGGGUCCCCGCCACCCCCGGGUCCGGGAAGGGAGCGGCCCGAGCUGGGGAGAGCAGGGCCCUGGUGUCAGAAGAUCCACAGGCUGACUCUUCCAUCUCACCCCUUCCCCACUUGGAGGCCAAGAUCCAUCAGACACACAGCCUCGCCCGCCUCCUCACCAAAUAUGCUGAGCAGCUGCUCCAGGAAUAUGUGCAGCACCAGGGAGACCCCUUCGGGCUGCCCGGCUUCUCGCCCCCGCGGCUGCCGGUGGCGGGCCUCAGCGCCCCGGCUCCGGGCCACGCGGGCCUGCCCGCGGCCGAGCGGCUGCAGCUGGACGCGGGAGCGCUGAGCGCGCUGCCGCCGCUGCUCGACGUGGUGCGGCGCCACCAGGCUGAGCUGAAUCCGCGCGCGCUGCGCCUGCUGCGGCGCCUGGAGGACGCGGCGCGCCAGGCCCGGGCUCUGGGCGCCGCGGUGGAGGCCGUGCUGGCCGCGCUGGGCGCCGAGACCCGGGGGCCCCGGCCCGAGCCCGCCGUCGCCGCCGCCGCCGCCGCCGCCGCCGCCACCGACGCGGGUGUCUUCCCUGCCAAGGUGCUGGGGCUCCGCGUGUGCGGCCUCUACCGCGAGUGGGUGAGCCGAACCGAGGGCGACCUGGGCCAGCUGGUGCCCGGGGGCCCGGCCUGAGCGCGGGGCGCGGG